CCACAAAUAUGUCGUUGUGGUACAUCCCACAUUGUGACACUUCCGGGAUGUCCUUGAGUGAAAAUACACGUGAAACCGGUUGACAUUGCGCGGCUGCUUGGUAGAUGAGGGAGCCGAUUUGAUGUUGAAAUGUUUUGAUUCAGAAGUUAAUCGCCAUGGCUUCAUCCUGUACACAGCUGUGUCUACAAUGCAGACAUCUUCUUCGCUCCAAGAAAGUGGCUGGCACCUGGCAGUAUUCAACUCAAGUUCGCCAUUGCACUACAGUUACAAGGGUACCCACCAAAGUUCUGAAUGCAUCCUCCAUUAUCAAGGGGAAUCACACAACAACUCAGGCAAGACAGCGGUGGAAACAACAGAUGUUCUGUUACAGUGACUUAACUGCCAAACAUCUGGCAAUUGAGUCUAAGGAAGACAAGGAUAUUGAAGAAUUGUCAAGCGCUAAUGUCGUAGCAUACAAGAGACCUCUGCUGCCAAUCAGAGAUGCUGUGCCAGUGACUGAAAGCCAGAUGCCAUUAGAUCUGGAUGCUGCUGAAUUUUCAGCAUUAGAGGAGAUCAGUGAUGAAGAGGCUGUCAGUAUAUCUGUUCCAUCAGCCAUGCCUCCAGCCUCCACCUCUCUUAGAGACUACGUUGACCAGUCAGAGACACUCAGCAAACUGGUACAGCUAGGUGUGAACCUGUGGAAGCUUGAACAAAGGCCCAACGUGGGCUCCAUGCUGCUGAGGCUCAACUUCAACACAGAUGUUGCCCCAAGGCUGCUGUUCCUGAAAGAUAUCGGGGUGGAGGACUCUUGCUUUGGCUAUAUUGUCACGCACAACCCCUUCAUUCUCACGGAGAGUUUGGAAAACCUACAGGCCAGGGUGAAUUAUCUCAAGUCAAAGAAGUUCAGUUCCGAGACUGUUGCAUCCAUGGUGUCCAGAGCGCCGUAUCUGCUUAACUUCAGUGUGAAGAGGCUGGACAACAGACUGGGGUUCUAUCAGCAGCAACUCAACCUCAGUGCUUCUAAUACACGGAACAUUGUAGCUCGUCUACCCAGAUUACUGUGUGGCAGUUUGGAGCCUGUCAAAGAAAAUUUGAAGGUGUGUGGAAUAGAGCUCGGCUUUAAGGAAAAUGAGAUCCAACAGAUAGUUAUUGCCGUCCCAAAAGUGCUGACUGCCAAUAAAAGGAAGCUAACCCAAAUAUUUGACUUGCUCCACAAUACCAUGAAAGUGCCCCACCACCUUAUCACCAAGUUCCCACAGGUCCUCAAUGCCAAGUACCUGCGUAUCAGCGAGCGCCACCUGUUCCUCGAGUACGUUGGAAAGGCUCAGUAUGACCCAACCCUCCCCAACUACAUCUCCCUGGACCGCCUGGUGUCUUUGCCUGAUGAGAUUUUUUGCACUGAGUUGGCUUUGGCCACAUUGGAAGAUUUUUAUUUGUUCCAAAAGACACUUUGAUUCUUCAUGUGGGGACAUUAAAAAGGGCUUCAGAAAACAAGUGGUCAAGCACACAGAAUAAAUACCAUAAUGUCAGAUACGUGCAGACAUGAAAGUCUUUAAACAUAAAGAGCAUCAACUGAGUUUGAAAUACAGUUUGCUUUGUAAAUGUGAUGUUUAAUACAUGUUCACAAUGUAUAUCA